GUCGGUGGUUAGGAGGUCGAAUCCUGCUGCAACCAUUAUUUCUUCUAAUUAAACAGCUGAAUCAACAACUUUCCUUGUCGGCCAGAGCCUUGCCAUGCGAUGUCGUUGCAGAACCCCAGACUUCGACAUUACAGAAGCAUGACAGCGAUCUGUUUCGUGUGUAAUCUACCGAUCCUGAGUCACCAGGUCGGCCUGGUGUGGCAAGGUGGAAAUGGAUGGGAUGAUCUUAUGCGGGAACAGGUAGAGGAAUCCACCUUGAAACAACGUCUUGGAACCGGAAGACGCGAUUCGGCGACACAGAUCACUUCCAUAUCCCCGCCAAACGAGCCGCAAGAACCUGCGACCAAUCAACGUCGUCGACGAUCGAGCUUGGCACAAUUGACAGACAUUUUGCGCGAAUGGAGCGGGGGUGGCGGUGGAAAGAGCGAGCGAGGGAAUAAACUAUAUCGUCGUGAAACAUUGGGAGAUAUAGCGAAAUCUUUUCCGUGGUCCAGACAAACGACCACGGAUGCGAGCCAUCUUGAGAGACUGCGCAAGAGGAGGGAGAGCUCGGUGGACAGUGGGAUCAGAAGCCAGUCGUCCACGAAAUCGAGAAAAGAUUCAACGAUCACCGAGCUGAAAAAUGAUUUUGCCAGAUUAUGGGGAAAGAAGGAGACGCCUCAGCCGCAACCACCCCCUACGGUUAUUUCGCCCACCUAUCGAGGCUUCAGAGAGACCGAUUCGAGAGGAUCUCGACGCGGAUCAGGGGAGAGUGGAAGGGCGAAAAAUCAAGGGGAACGGAAGCAUAAUUGCCGUCACCACAGGCGCAGGCAAUCGCAGCAAUCGCAGCAAUCAAUGGACAGUGGUAGCGGCGUGAUGCCCAUGAAAUAUUACAGAAGCGAUCAAAGACCGAGCGCUUCGAGCACGGAUAGCGCGGCCAGCAAUGCUGUCAGAGAGCAUUUGGAAGCGCGUAAUUCCAUGGACAAAGGCGAACGAUCGAGUAGCAUCGAGGGUAAAACAUCCGUUACAACAAGUAGCGAAUCAAAAACGUCCACCACGACUACCACCACAACUGUGUCGUCGACGACUACCGCGGUGACCACGUCGACCACAGUGACGAUGGAGCCGAAGGCCGCGACCGUCGUCGACAGUAAAAAUUUAACCCUCGAGUCGUCCAUCACUACCCCUACCAUCGUGAUGUCAUCAGUGACGCCACCAAGCGUCUCUCCAACGGUGGGUAGCAGCCUUCCACUUCCAGGAACCUCGACUUCCGGUAGCUCCAGUCCCGUUGGCUCGCCAAACGUCAACACACCGACCCACCCAUUGAUUAGCACUAGAAGAGACUCGACCACUCAGUGUUAUCAGAAGGGAAAGGAAGUAUCACCGAACAAGUUGUCGAGAUUGAUACGACAAUCGGCUGCCAUAGAUGAGUCGAUGCCACCAGCACGGCGACGAGGAAGUCAGCCGACGUUGUCACCGGAUACUGACGAAGGAGGACGAAGAGCUCGAAAAGACUCGCUGAGCCCCGAUUCCGCUUCGUACCCGCGGCGCCGUGAUUCGAAGAGCCAUCUGAGUCCAGAAAGAGCAGUCGAUAAAAGAGACAUCAGUCCUAUCAGGGAGAGAUCUCAGCUGACGCGACAGUCAAUGUCGAUGGCAGGACGGUCGCCACCAAGAUCACCGGAUAGUUCUUCUUGUUCGUCAAGGGAUCCAAGUCCAUGUGCUCGUGCUCCAGGGACUAUACCUCAUGCUCCUAUAGGAAGAAGACAAUCGACCACGGACGAGAUAUUUAUUGCUCGUGGAUUUAGACGACAGAGCACCACGGAAGAGACAAUAAGAUGUCGAAAUUUUCGAAGACAAAGUUCUCAAAGUGAAAAACUGGUUCAGAGAUAUCAAGGACGAAGAGACAGUUCCACACAAAUCACCGAUGGAACAUUCGCUACCAUGUCUGUCGAGAUAUCGAACACGUUUUUCGAUAGCAGCACUCAGACUGAACCAUCACCACUGUACGACAACAAUCACUAUCAUGAGGAAUGUCUAAAAUGUAACAGCUGCGGCUUGAAUCUCACAGGACCCAAUCAGAAACGGGCUAGACGGUUCAAGAACCAAAUACUUUGCGAUCUUCACUUCGCUGACGUGGCGCUGAUGGAGUGCUCGGACUUCAUGCAGCAGUUGCGCAGCUUCAAACCACAAAGUUUAGGCUGCGCAGUUGCCCGAAGGAAGUCAUCGACCACCUUAAUCUUCCCCUUACCACCGCAAGCUUGUUCAGAUGAAUUCUGCAACGAGUUCCCUCACAACCUGAUACCUACACCUGGCUACUGGAUCGAGUGCUCCAGACAGCAGAUCACCUCUGACACGAUCUGGGAUGAGAGCGAGAGCGGAGAGGCGACCGACACAGAAUUGGCCGAGGUCCAGCAAGAGUCUGACACCGACGAAGUGCCCAGAAAGAAGACCACGAUCGAGGAGCAAUGGGAGAAGAACCAAGGAUUCGAGUUGACCUCGGUCGAACAAGAGACAUACGAGAAAUAUUUCUAUGGAACUGAGCAUUGGAAUUAUUUCACCAACGACGACGACCUUGGCCCCGUGAUACUUAGCAUCAAGCAGGAAACGUUGAACAGUCGGGAUCAGUUCAGAAUUCUCGUCAGGGCUAUCAGUUACACUGUACACGGAUUGAUUCCCGCGAGUUGUGUAUUUGCUGAUAGGUACAAUCGAGAGGAAGUGGUGCGUAGUUUAGGCAAAGAGGUGAACGUGAAUCCACCGUUAACGUUGGGCCAAUUACCUGACACCCAGGACGAGCUUCUGAAGCUGGAUCAGGUGUUCAUAAAAUCGGAGCUGAAAGUCGGGGUUCUUUACGUUCAAGAGAAUCAAUGCACAGAGGAAGAGAUAUUGGAUAAUCACGAGAAUUCGCCAUUGUUCGACGAGUUCCUGCAGAUUCUCGGCGAUAAAAUUCGUCUGAAGGGUUUCGACAAGUACAAGGGUGGAUUGGAUACGAUUCAUGAUCUGACCGGAUUGUACUCGGUCUACACCAAUUGGCGAGGGAUCGAGAUCAUGUACCACGUGUCCACCUUUCUCCCCAAUGAGAAACACGACGUACAGAGGGUGCAAAAGAAACGACACAUAGGAAACGAUAUAGUGUGCGUCGUGUUCUUGGAGGCUGACAAGACGUCGUUUAAUCCAGCUUGUAUGAAGUCGCAUUUCCUCUACACGUUUAUUCUGGUUCGAGUCAGUCCACGGAUAAAAAGGAAAGUUACCAGAUACGAAGUAUCCGUCGCUACGAGGGACGAAGUUGGAGCAUACAAACCUUAUCUUUGGGAACAAAAUGUGUUUAAAAAGGGUCCCAUGUUUCGUGAGUGGUUAUUGACAAAGAUUGUCAACGGAGAGAGAGCGAGUUAUUCCGCGCCAAAAUUCGCAAAGAUGCAAGAGAGAACGAGGACUCAAAUGUUGGAAGAUAUUGUAGCUAACUUGGCCAAUCACGCAGAAACUGGCCAAAUUCCAAAACCGUACAGGCGUGGUUCAUGGAGACCAAUAGGACACAUGAGGCCAUCUUCGCCGCUUUUGGAUUCAGUCAGGGAUCAAUUCGAGGAUCCAGACCAACUUGCCAAGGACUUCACUAAAGUGUUCUUGAACGAUCAAGAGAAUGCCACGUUAAAUACGAAUCUGUUCGACAUUUCGUUCUUGGUGCAUGGUCCACAGAAGCAGAAAGUUCGAUUCUUCGGUGUUAGAGCGAUUUUGGCGGUCAGAAGCAGAGUCUUCCAAGAAAUGUUGUAUGGAAUUCAAGCUGGUUUUGGAAGUCCACAAGUACCGGUUGCCGAAUUACUUGCUAGGCCAGUGCCCACAUUAUUCAGUCCACAGAAACCAAGAAGUUCAAACUUUCUUCAGGUUCCUGACGUGGAAAGUCCAAGACCUAAAAGCGUGCCCUCGUCACCGAUGAUGAAGCGGGCGUUCUCGAGGCUCGGCACGAUCACUGCAGGCUGGGGAAGGAGCAUCAAAAAACACGGGAGCGGAAACACUUUGCAAUCCGAGGAUCGAAAACGUUGGGCUAGUUCACAGGAUUGCAGCAAUAAAGAGGCGAAGGAAAAGGAGAAAGCUGCACAACAAUUAGCGGUGCCAAGGCUAAGUGUUUGUGCAGAUGCGCAAAAAGUUGACAGAGCGAAAUUGGCACAGACAGAGUUCGACAUCAUCGAGUUCGAUCCAAAGACGUUCAAAAUCCUGCUCAAUUAUCUGCAAACUGGCUCCUGUCCACUGACUUGCAGCAACAUACCGGGUCUCAUCUGUGCAGCGGAACACUACGAUCUACCUGAGCUUCUACAAGCGUGUUUCCACCAUGCAAAACAAUUCUUACGGAUCGAGAUCGUAUGCGUGAUGCUGAGCGCGUUGGAGAAUUAUUGCUGGCGUUACACGUCCGCCUCAGAAUUGGUCAACAUGAUCCUCGCUUUCAUCGAAACCAGAGCGUAUCAACUGUUCCAAUCACCUGAUUUCUUGACACUGAGCGAGUCGAUGGUUCAAAUGAUCAUGUGCAGAGGUCUCGAAGUUGGCGAGAUUAGAAAAUUCGAGGCGAUGCUCGAGUGGGCGAAGAACAGGAUUAAAGAUAGAAAAUCGACCAAAGUCGAUCCGAAAGUGGAAUUCAAGCGUAUCAUGGACAGACUAAGUAGAGAUUUGAAACUGCAUAGGAUAACACCACAGGAACUUAUCAGGAUCGUUCUGCCAUCGAAAGCGAUCAAAAACGAGAGAAUUCUCGAAACGUUGAUGUAUCAAGCAAACUCUGGCAUCUUCAGGAACGUCGAUAGUUACUUGGAAGAUUACAAGGAAAAAGUGCAAAACCAGGAGAGUUUCGACUGUGGCCUCUAAAAAAAAUAUCGUGCAUAGUGUAUUAAUUCAACAGCCCUUUUUACCUCUCUUCACCCUUAUUAAAAUGAAAGGAACAAUACGUACCUGAGGAAAGUAGACUCUAACUACUACUAGUUCUUCGAUAAAUAAGGGUGGUCAACAAAAAGUAAAAAGAAAUAUCUCAUCCAAGAGUUAUUACUUCAUUGAAACAUCGUGUGAAGGAGGAUCGAAUUGAUCGUGCCAAGGAUCGAUGAUGGAUCUCAUAGACGAUCAUUUUUCAAAGAUCUUCAAUAAAUUGUUCUUCCUAUGGAAACACGUUUCGAACAACCGGUUGUUAAUAUAAUUAUAGAAUCGAUAGAUAUUGAUCAAAGGGAAAAGUCUUAAAAAAUAAAAGAAUGGAAUGGAUAUUCAUAUUGAUCGUGACUAUUAUAGACGAAAAAAGAAAACGAAGAAAAGAUAUUUGAUCGAUUGAGAAAUUUAAUUUAACGUAAGAAAAACUGCACAAAUUUCAUAUUAUAGAAAUAAAAAUGAGAAGAAUAAAUAAAGCGAAUGAUAUUGAAAGUAAAAUCUCAGCCAUGGUUAUUUAUUUAUCGAAAUUUUGUCGAAUGGAAAGGAAAUAG